AUGGCCGACAAACUACGUACCCAACAGCAACUCGAGUCCCUCCAAAACAAAUACAUUGGAACCGGGCAUGCCGACACCACAAAACACGAAUGGACUUCCAACAUUGCCCGUGACAGCUAUGCUUCCUAUCAAGGCCAUCCGCCACUUCUCCACUACAUGGCAAUUGGAAUGGGUACCUCGAUGGAGAAGGUGAGGAUGCAAUGUAUGGAGAAGAUGGUAUUGCCUGUGGGCCCGGCGCCGGAGAGGGAUGGCGCUAGUUGAUGAGAUGGAUUGAGAAGGAUCCAAGGUCAGACAAGAGAGGGCCGCGGGAUUGUUGAGACGAGAGAAAAAAGCAGAGAGACGCGGAAAUGUUGCAUAGCGUCGUGAUGCGACCACGGAAACAAGAGAAUAGAGCGGGCCCGAUGGUGAAGCAGAGGGCACCCGUGGCAUGCAUUGGAUCAUGUCUAUAUGAGACAUGAUUGAGGAUGCGCAAUGGCUCACCGUGUGCUUUUGGAUCGGUUCUACGAGCACCGCGGGAGAUUCUGCAUAUUGCUGCCUUCUUCACCUGGCAAACAGAUCACUGGUCGCUGGCAUAGCAGAUACGUGCUUGCGCUAAAGGGCUGAGCUGCUCGUGAGGUGCGCUGGAAGACAGUGGUGAUGCGCAGACUACAUAUGUAACGCGACGCAGCCACGAUGCGCGUCGGCUUCAGAGUUUGAUACACUCGUCAAA